GCGCCGCCAUUUUAGCUUCCUGCAUCAAUAAGAAGACGAACCAAUCGCACAGUAUUUGUACUCGAAGCGUUUUCUUAAUUAGCGUAACAAAAGGGGUUUGUUUUGUUUAUUUCUUUUUCUUCAAACCUACUGCCUCUGAAUCGUUUCUGACAGCUUGUUACGGUUAGUUUCAGCCGGAGAGUCGCGAUGCCGUGCCACAUCCUGCGUGUAGCGGUUGUGUGCUCGAGCAACCAGAACCGCAGUAUGGAAGCGCACAGUAUCCUCAGCAAACGAGGAUUUGACGUGCGUUCAUUCGGGACAGGGACUCAUGUGAAGCUACCCGGUCCUGCCCCGGAUAAGCCAAAUGUGUACGACUUCAAAACGACAUAUGUACAGAUGUACAACGACUUGGUCCGCAAGGACAAGGAACUAUACACACAGAAUGGCAUCCUGCACAUGCUGGACCGCAACAAGCGCAUCAAAUCAAAGCCCGAGCGCUUUCAAAGCUGCAAGGAGAAGUUUGACCUGGUCAUCACCUGUGAAGAGAGAGUCUAUGACCAAGUGGUGGAGGAUCUGAAUUCAAGAGAGCAGGAAACUCUUCAGCCUGUUCACGUCAUCAAUGUAGACAUUCAGGAUAACCACGAGGAAGCCACGCUGGGCGCCUUCCUCAUCUGUGAGCUGUGUCAGUGUAUCCAGCACACCGAGGACAUGGAGGACGAAAUGGAUGAGCUUAUACAAGAGUUUGAGGAGAAGAGCAACAGGCCUUUUCUGCACACUGUCUGUUUCUACUGAUACACAAUAGAGAUUUGCAAUAAACACAGACCUAGAUCUCAAGCAAUCAAACAAAAGUAAAUGGACACACACACACCUCUUACUCCUCAGACAUCUACAACACAGUACAUACACACUGUGUGCCUACACAGACACAGACACACAGUUUUGGGUCAGGACCUAACAAAUGGCUGCUGUUGGACAUUUUGAUGAUGAUGGGUUUUUCCUCUGUGCAGAGGACGGACUCGCUGCUCUCGCUCUGCCUUUAUUUCUUCGGAUCAAGGUCAGGCCAAGGUCCUCCCUUCAUCCCAGUUCAGUAAAAUCACUCAAACAUGUCUCCUCAGGGAGAGCCAUGACACCCACACCCCUGAUUCAACAACUCCUUGACCAGUCCCUUUUGAUUGUGUUCAGUAUAGCAAAUUAAUGCUGAUUUUUAUUUUAUCUAGAUGACAUAUAAUUGCAAUUCAUUUAAGGACAUAUGUCAAAUUUUUAUUUCUGGCCUGAGACAGUGUAUAUGUGUUUUUUGGGGAGGGCGCGAAUGUGGAGGAGAAUUAAUUGAACUGUAUGCAUUUUAUUUUUAUUUUUUUUGUGCGACCAUGUGUUGUAGGUUAGGUAGUUAGGAUUAAGUUAAAGUGGGUGGGCUAAUAAUGAAUAACCAAACCUAGACCUCUCUGAGGCUCUCCUCCAGUGUGUGUCAAAUAUAAUGUGUUUAUUCAUAUUUAAACUUGGAUAUGCUAUUUUCAGGGCAUAGUAUGUUUUUGUUUUCUUUUGUAAAUGUUAAAAGAAUUGAAGCAUUGUAAUUAUUUGCAAAUGCGAGCUCAGCUCAGAGUGCCUGAAUUUUCUGUAUGUACAUAUGAAUCCUCUAAAGAAAGAAAUCUCUAAGAAAA